GAUUUCUAUUCGGCGCGUCCAGUGAAGACAGCUUAUGUAAACAUAGUUGAUUUCGUUUAAAUACUCAUUUUUCAUUUUAACUUCUUAUCGAUAUAUUAUAAUAUUUUAUUUCGUAUUAACUAUGUCACGCGUACUUGUAGGUGUGAAAAGAGUAAUCGAUUAUGCGGUCAAGGUAAAUUUUAGGUUGUAGGAUAUCUAAACAUAGAAUAGCUUUAAUUAAAGAAAGAAAAAAGCAAGCAGCAGUUAUCUUAUCUUAUAUCAAAUUUGAUCUUGGUAAAGAUCCGUGUCAAACCAGAUAAAACAGGAGUUAUUACAGAUGGAAUUAAACAUUCAAUGAAUCCUUUCGAUGAGAUAGCUAUUGAGGAAGCUAUAAGAAUGAAAGAAAAAAAAUUAGCACAAGAGGUAAUUGCAGUUACAUGUGGCCUUUCUCAAGCACAAGAUACUUUGAGAACUGCAUUAGCUAUGGGUGCUGAUCGUGGAAUACACGUUGAAAUACCACCAGCAGAAUAUGAUACUUUACAACCAAUUCAUGUAUCUAAGAUUUUAGCAAAACUUGCAAAAGAUGAGAAAGUUGAUUUGAUUAUUGUUGGAAAGCAAGCAAUCGAUGAUGACAGCAAUCAAACUGCCCAAAUGAUUGCUGGUAAUUUAGAUUGGCCAGCAGGAACAUUUUGCAGUAAGAUCGAACAUGGUAAUGGUGAAUUGACUAUUACUCGAGAAAUUGAUGGGGGGUUAGAAGUCCUCAGAUUAAAAACUCCAGCUGUCCUCAGUGCUGAUCUUCGUCUUAAUGAACCUCGAUAUGCUACAUUACCAAAUAUUAUGAAAGCAAAAAAGAAACCAAUUAAAAAAAUUAGUUCAAAGGAUCUUGGCAUAGACACAUCUGCAAGAAUUGAAAUUAUUUCGGUAGAAGAGCCACCAGUUAGACAGGCUGGUGCAAUAGUACCUGAUGUUGAUACUUUAAUAGCUAAACUAAAAGAGCGUGGACAUCUUUGAUAUCUUCUAAGUGAUCUAUAAAAUAGAAGAUUAAAAUGUUGUAUCUUCCUUGCAAUGAAUUUUAUUAUAUUUUAUUGUAUAUAACAUAUGCUAUAUGUACAUAAUUAGAAUGGAUAAGCUCUAUAUUAUAUAUUUUCAUAAAUUUGUACCAUGUGGAGGAAAAAUGUA